AUGAGAGAGAGAAAAGUAAUCGACGUGAAAAUACCUCCGCGAAAUAAGAAAAAGGACAGUAGAAUGCUUGUAGAUUCCUCUUCAUCUUUCGCAGAGCAUACAUACCGUACUUACUCGCAUAAUGCUACAACCUACUCACGCGACCCAAUUUUCGAGGAAAACUCCUUCCUUCAGCGCUCGAUAUCCCAACCUUCUGGUGCUCCUCCUCCUGCAGCAGCCUACUACAUCAACGCGAAUUCUGUCACAAUCGCUGCUCCAGUGCCACGAAACGAUUCCUACCCAGGGAACUUACCCGACUCUGGGAACCUACUAAACGCGACUAAGCUGUUUCGCCCUUCCGGGCAGUUCAACUCUCAGCUCCACUUUUCCACUGACGAGCCCGUUUACCAAAACAUAUCAAAACGUGCGGACAGUUAUGGUUACGCAAUGAUUCAUUGCUAUUUAACAUAA